AUGGACGUAAUACAACAAGUUAAUGAAAAACCCUGUAAACCUGAAAUAGAUAGUGAGGUUGAUGCUCCUUUGAAUACCUUCAAGAUUGAGAUUAAAGAAGAGCCCGAGACAGAGAAAGUAAAUGAUUCAUUUGAUUAUUUAGACUUGAAAGAAUAUCCAAUAAAAACCGAAAUAAAAGAAGACGAAGAUUUACAUACACCAUUUGAAGAAAAAUCAAUUAUUGAAAGAGAAUUAAUUAAUGACUUUGUUUUACUAGUAUUGAGGAGAUUGAUGGAUCCAAGAUCGAAGAGCUUUGAGCCUCGUAACGGGCAUUCUUCAUACAAAAUGACUAAAACUGUAAUACACAUAAUAAGACCAGAUGCAGGUUACGCAUGCUAUCAAAACAAACAAAAAUUAAGACAACGAAAUUCAAAUAAAGAAACUUAG